CAAAUAUGGCAACUUCUGGGCGUGGGAUCUCUCUGCUGUGAGGUUGGAGUUGAGGAGAGAGGGGAUGCGCCGCCAAGAACUACGCACGGUGUUUCAGCAACUUUAAGCUUCCAAAAAACAUGAAAGAGCCUAGAAAUCGAAUAUAUGACAAACAUCAACAGAGCAUGUGAAAAGCAGCCAACACAAGAUCUCACAUUCAGUAAAAAAAAAAAGACUCAUCUUAACCAUCGUUGCACUACAGAGGUCACUUUCAGCUCCUGACUGACUUCGAUAGCCCAUCAUGCCACUGAUUGUGUUUCACACUUCCCAACUGCUGUGGGUGCGUUUAGCCGCCCUGCUGUUCACCUGCGUGGCGUUCAGUGUUGCAGCACAUGGAGCCUCACUUCCCCACGGAGGCAUGGCUGACUGGUGCAUCUUCUGCUGGGCGUUCAGCUUCGCCUGCACCCUACUGGUCCUGCUGGUGGAGCAGUUUGGCCUCCAGGCCCGCACUCCAGUGUCCUGGUCCAACUUCCCCAUCACUAUUGCCUGCUAUGCUGCUCUCCUGUGCCUCUCUGCCUCUAUCAUCUUCCCUGUCUUUUACAUCAAGGACCAGCGGCUCUACGGCGAGGUUCGCGACUAUCGCAUCGUCUCCACCGUCUUCUCCUGCCUAGCCGCGGUAGCCUACAUGGGGGAAGUGAGCCUGACUAAAGCGAGGCCGGGAGAGGUGGCGGGAUACAUGGCUACAGCUCCAGGCCUGUUAAAGGUGUGCCAGACCUUUUUGGCCUGUAUUAUCUUCAUCCUGGUCAGCAACCCUAAUACCUAUGAGCAGCAUGCAGCGCUCAAGUGGUGCAUGGCGGUGUACUGCAUCUGCUUCAUCCUCUCCAUGGCUGUGGUGGUGCUGUGUGUGGGCGAGUGCACCGGCUGUCUCCCCAUCCCGUUCUCCAAGUUCCUGUCAGCGUACGGGCUCCUGGCAGUUAUCAUGUACCUGACCGCUACCAUCAUCUGGCCGGUGUUCCAGUUUGACAAGCAGUACCAGCGUCAAAGCCAAAAUCCAAGACUAAUCGCAGUGGCGGUGCUCACUGCGGUCAACUUCCUGCUUUACCUCGCUGACCUGGCCUACACCGCCAGGCUGGUGUUUGUCACUGUCUAGGAAGAAAGGGAAUAAAGGAGGGAGACGUAUUGAGUGAUGAAGAACAGAAAAAAAGAGGCUAAGAGCUUGAGUGGCUUUGUAUUUUUGACAAAAUAGACAUGAAUCUUUCUCUUUGGUGUCUAAUUAUACAGUGUGAUGGUUAAAUGAGAUGUCCUGUUGAAACAAGGAAAGCUCAAAUGGCUCGCUUGCAGUAUGUACAUGCAUGUUUGAGUUUAAAAUAAAUGCCUAGAUAUCUGCAAUGACAGUAUUUAACCUCGAAUAUGAGUUGCUAUAUCAUAAAAGAUAAGAAGAUGAAAUAUUUUACAUGAUAGUGUGGAAAAAUCAAAGUUGGCAUGUAAUGCUGUUAGAAUCCAAUGAAGUCAAAGACACUGGAACGCAGGAGAAACGUAUUUACUGUAUCUGAGACACACAGAAACUCUUCGGUUACUGAUGGGGAAGCUUCGUUUGCAGUACAUGGACACUUUGAUUUCAUCACAACCUAAAACAUAGAUUUCUUCAUUGUCCUUCUUAUUAUCUUUUGUUUAUAACAUUUUGGAAAAACACUUUGUUCUUUUGUCUUGAUAACAAAGUAUCAGUAUUGAAAGAUUUGACAGAAUGUAAUUUGAGCAAAUAAAGUUUUUAGUUAAACCAAUAAAUAUUUUAUUUGAAAGCA